UUAGUUAAGUUUCAGAAUUAAAACAACUUUUCGGCCCCCUGACUUUGGAAGUAAAACUGAGGGCUGGAAGCAAAGGUUACCCCAAUAGAAAUGGCGCGACUUACGGCUUUGGGCAUGGCGGUGGUGCUCCACUCGGUGCUGGGCGUCUCAUACUACUACUACACCCGCGAAUCACCCAACUCCACUGCCCCCCUCUUGGGCGCCUGGCUCUUCUCGGCCUGCGUGUUGGCGCUGCUCCAGGCGGUGAGGAUCUUUCCCAGUGCCCAGGCCCAAGUCCAGUUGAGGGGCAGACACCAGACAACCAGGGGCAACCAGUCGUCCUGGGCGGCGCUCUUCCUGGAAACGGUCCUCUGCUGUCUGGUGCUCGAUGUGACCCUGACCAAACUGUGGCAUCGCAUCGAGUCUCUUUGCCAGUGCGCCAUUGUGGGUGUCCUCCAGGCAUUGGCCGUCGAGGAGCAGACCUUCCUGGCCUGCGAGUACUGGACCUUGGGGCUGACCACCGGCCUUAUUGGCGCCAGUCUUCUGUGGCUGACCCUCUGGGCCACCGCAUUGCCACAGAAACUGCAUUGCGGGCUGCUCGACUGGCGGCGCUCCCUUCAUCGGCAGUGCUCCUCGCUGAUCUUUGGUCCCCUGGAACCGGGCACUACUGUACCGCCCCAAAUGCAGGAAAGCACCCAGAGCUUCGCCACCUGAAUGGGAAGUGACCAUCAAACUCCUACAACCAAAUAUUAUCGAGUCAAUAGCUAAAUUUAUGGAUUAACUAA